CCGUAGUGAACGGGAGACAUUGGACGCGUCUGCAGACUGCAAUACACUCCCUCCGAAGGUCUCCCUUUAAUGAGUCUUCCUGCUGCCUUUUGGCACGAAAGCGGUGCUCGCCCCUAAUAAGAAGCGUCGAGAGUGUGCAUGUAACAAGUUUUUACACCGCAAACAUGGCCAGUCUAGAAUUAGAUCCGAUGUUUCGAAGAGGGCUGCGGCUCUUACACUCCCGUAGUCGUGAAUCUGUAAAUCAGCUUAAAGCCAUUGUUGAUGAAGCUGUGCGGCAGCGUCAGGGGAAAUCCAUCCCAACUAUGAAUAAAGAUCCUUUCAGCCUGCGUCGGGAGUCUCCAAUUCCAAGAUCUAAACCAGGGAGCCCAAUACCUCUUUCUCUUUCUAGAAAGGAGGAAAUGAAAAAAGAUAUGGAUAGAAAGCAUGGCAUGCGAGAUGAAGACAUAAUCUUGCCCAAAAGACCUCGCCUGGAUUCUCCUAGCACAUUCAAGUCUCACACUCCAUCACCGACUCCAUCACUAAAAUCGGAAAGUUCCUCCCGUAGUCGUAAAUCGGACGAGAGUGACUCUGACCCAGAAAUGAAUGAUUUGAGGGAACUAAUGGAUGGCGUUAACUGUACAGUUUGCAAGAGCUUUGAGCAGAGUACCCGCAAUCAGUUAGUAGAGUGUCAAGAAUGCCACUGUUUAUAUCAUCAAGAAUGCCAUAAGCCUCCUGUCACUGACCAGGAUGUGACUGAUCCACGAUUAGCAUGGUACUGUAAUAAAUGUACAAAAACAUUAAAGAAACAGAACAGUAUUGUUAGUGCCUCAGGAGGUAAUGGAGGCAGUAGCAGAGGAGUCCCAAGUGGAGGAAUAACGGGUAUCUCCAACACCAAUAAAUCAGGGAGCAUAUCUAGGCCUACACCUUCUCCAACAAAAGGUUUAGGUAUGGCCAGGCCAUCACCUUUUGCUAAUCUCUCAUCUGCAUCAGGAAGGAACGUAGGCUCAGGGAACAGCAACAGCGGUAACAAUGGGAAUAAACCUUCCCUUUCAUCUUCGUCUUCCUCUUCCUGUAGCAAGUCAACAGCUCCUUCUAAUUCCAUGAUUUCAGCAGAGAAACGAAUGCAGUUAAUGAAGAAGAAGGCUGCAGCAAAAAUGGCUGAGAAACGAAAGAUGUAAAUCAGAAAGCUGGAAACAUAGUCAUGAAUGAAGACACAUCAAAUAUGGCUGCCCAGAUCAAGCUUGAUUAUUACAAGAGAUGUGGGACUUCCCUUUACAGCUGAUGAAGACAAAUAAACAUACGGUUGAUAAAAAUACAAAGAUUGGUACAAGGCUCUGUACUCUAG